AUGCUUAACAAAGCGUAUUGCCACAGCUACGACUACAAGACGGGCAUCAUUUCCCCCGAUGUGGCCGAACAGGCUGAGCAGUGCAUGAAGAACAUUGCCGCAGCUCUCAUAGAGGCCGGAGCCGAGAUCAAGGAUAUUGUCAGAGUGCGCUAUAUCGUCCCGGAUCGCCACGAUUUCCCUAAAACGUGGCCGGUGUUGCAGAAAUGGUUGGGGGAUGUCCGGCCAGCAGCGACGAUGAUUCAGGCGGGAUUGAUGGAGGAGGCCAUGAAGAUAGAGAUUGAGGUGACAGCCCGGAAGUCAGCGACGCCGACUUCAGAUGCUCCUGCUCCUGCUUCUGCUCCUGGCUUUCUUUAA